AUGGCGGCGCGGGGGCCGCCGGGAGCGGCGAUGGCGGCGCCGGAGCCGGAGCCGGGGCGCUGCGCUCACUUCGUGCUGAGGAAGAGGCGCUUCUGCAGGAUGAUCCCGGCGCCCGGCAGGCGCUUCUGCGGCGAGCACGGGCACGAGGAGGAACAAAAUGACAGAAAAAGAAUUCCGUGCCCUCUUGAUCCAAAACACACUGUAUAUGAAGACCAACUACAAAAGCAUUUAAAAAAAUGUAACUCAAGAGAGAAGCCAAAGCCUGUCUACUUUGUUCAAGAUAUUAAUGCUGGUUUAAAAGAUGUAGCAGAAAUACCAGAAAAACAAGGUCCUCUAUCUUCUUUAUCUCUUGAAGAGCUGCAGAAUUUAAUUAUCAAGCUGAAAAAAGCAAGCAAUGGCCUGGAACUUCAUCUUAAGGAACAAAUACUGUCCCACCAAGCUUUACAAGAAGCCUUAAGUGACCCAAAGAAUGGGGAAUCUGCUUUCAAACACCUGAAACAACAGGCUUCUAUUUUAGGUAACAUGGAAAAAUUGCAUUUACUUGGUCCAGGAAGGUGUUUUGUUGAGUUUGGAGCUGGGCGAGGAAAGCUGUCUCAUUGGGUUGAUAUUGCCUUAGAGAAUGUUGAAAAUGUUCAGUUUUUGCUUGUGGAAAGGGCAACCACAAGAUUCAAGGUGGAUGGAAAACACAAAAGGAGAGAUUCUAUAUUUGAGAGGCUUCAAGUAGACAUUCAGCACUUAUGUUUAAAUAAGGUACCUAUCUUGGAGAAGAAAAAACUACCAGUGGUAGGAAUUGGGAAGCAUUUGUGUGGUGCUGCAACAGAUCUUGCUUUGAGAUGCUUGGUUGAAAGUUACACCACUUGCUGUGAUGGAGAAGAUGAAGAGCCUGCACCAAAACGCUGCAGGGCUGCUCAGACAGAGCUGGCUCCUCACAAAUCUGCUGGUAAUGAAAGCACCACAGAAGACCGUAAACCUGUAGCUGGAAUUGUUAUUGCUCUGUGUUGCCAUCACAAGUGUGACUGGACACAUUAUGUAGGCAGAGAGUUCUUUAAAUCAGUAGGACUGGGACCAGUAGAAUUCCAUUAUUUUCAGAGAAUGAGUAGUUGGGCCACUUGUGGCAUGCAAGAAACCACAAGCAAAACUUCUACAAGUGAAGACAGUGAAGAUCAAACUAAUGACACAGAAGAACAUGAGCACACACUCAGCAGGACAGCAAGUGGUUCUGAUACUUUACAAGGGAUACUGAGUGCUGAGGAGCGGAAGGAGAUCGGUUGCCUCUGCAAACGGCUGAUUGAUCACGGACGGAUGGAGUAUUUACAGCAGCAAGGAUACAAGGCUGCACUGCAGUAUUAUACAGAGUCUGCUGUGUCCUUGGAGAAUGUCCUGUUGACAGCUGUCCCAAAGCCUUCUUUGAUACCAGAGCCAACUAUAUGACAGGAGAUAGAUUUGGAAUUGGUAGGGAAAAAACCAAACCCUCUAAAACUCAUCUGGGUUUUUUUUUUAAAAA